AUGGAAAUAUUACGCGGAGGUGCUCUGCCGUUGCAUUUUCACUCCGGGGGCGGCGGCAGUAAAGAAGAGGUCUCUCUAAUCCCUAUGAAUGAUCUCAAUACAGCAUUAGACAUCAGUUCUAGCGAUGCAAUUGCGCUGAGCGCCUUUCCCCAAAUCCAACGGUUUGAUGACCAUUCGUUCGAAAUGCUAGGCAGGCCUGGGGAAGAUUGA